UCGGAAAUACCAACUCUGCCAAUCGCCCAAUGCCCCAAUCCAGUUAUCCACCCCUCUGGUGCCCGUGGGCGCCGCCUCUAUGAAAUUUGUAGCAUGACAAUAGUAAAGGCCAACUAUAUGAACUGUCAUAACACAAAAUAUCGACAGUAAACUGGAAAUGUUGGUUCUGGUUUUAGGUGAUCUCCAUAUUCCAAAUAGGUGCAAUGCGUUGCCAGCAAAGUUUAAAAAACUUCUUGUUCCUGGUCGCAUCCACCAUAUCCUCUGCACUGGAAACUUGUGUUCCAAAGAAACUCUGGAUUACUUAAAAACUCUUGCUAGUGAUGUGCAUAUUGUUCGCGGUGACUUUGACAAGAUCUCUAGUACAUAUCCUGAGCAGAAAGUUGUUACAGUUGGCCAGUUCAAAAUUGGGCUGGUACAUGGCCAUCAGAUAGUACCUUGGGGUGAUCCGGAGUCACUGGCAUCACUUCAGAGACAACUUGGGGUUGACAUUUUGAUUACAGGACAUACUCAUAAAUUUGAAGCUUAUGAGCAUGACGGAAAAUUCUUUAUCAAUCCAGGCUCAGCAACUGGUGCAUAUAAUCCCAUUAACAAGUUUGUCAUUCCUUCCUUCGUUUUGAUGGAUAUUCAAAGUUCUACGGUUGUAACAUAUGUCUACCAGUUAGUAGACGACGAAGUUAAGGUAGAGCGAAUCGAAUACAAGAAAAACUAAAAUGUGUAAACAAAAAAAUUCUCGUACGUCGUGUAUUUUGCAUGAAGGGCAUUUAUUACAGUAAUACAAACAAUAAAACAAA